CCUGGGAGCACCGGGCUUGACGCCCGCAGGCCUCUGUUCCUCCGGCCGCGGGUUCCUGGAUUCCGAGUCUCCUGGAUCCACGUUUCAGCCGGUAGCUGAAUUACUCUCACCUGCUUUCAUUCUCUGCACCAGGAACCUCAGGUCCAGGAGUAUCAGCAGCAAAGAUGUCUAAUGAGCCACCCCCUCCUUAUCCUGGAGGCCCUACAGCCCCACUACUAGAGGAAAAAAGUGGAGCCCCACCUACCCCAGGCCGCACCUCCCCAGCGGUGAUGCAGCCACCACCAGGCAUGCCACUGCCCUCUGCUGACAUUGCUCCUCCACCUUAUGAGCCACCUGGUCAUCCAAUGCCUCAGCCUGGCUUUGUGCCCCCUCACAUGAAUGCAGAUGGCACCUACAUGCCUGCAGGUUUCUACCCUCCUCCAGGCCCUCACCCACCUAUGGGCUAUUAUCCACCAGGACCCUACCCACCAGGGCCCUAUCCUGGCCCUGGGGGCCACACGGCCACAGUCUUGGUCCCAUCAGGGGCAGCCACCACGGUGACAGUACUACAGGGAGAGAUCUUUGAAGGUGCACCUGUGCAGACAGUGUGCCCCCACUGCCAGCAGGCAAUCACCACCAAGAUUUCCUACGAGAUUGGCCUGAUGAACUUUGUGCUGGGUUUCUUCUGCUGCUUCAUGGGGUGUGACCUGGGCUGCUGCUUGAUCCCCUGUCUCAUCAAUGACUUCAAGGAUGUGACGCACACGUGUCCCAGCUGCAAAGCCUACAUCUACACAUACAAGCGCUUAUGCUAACGGAGCUAGACUUGGACUCCCCCACCUAUUACUCUGGCCCCGUGUGCUUUGCUCCCCAUGCUCAGUGGUCACCAUCCCUCAGCCCCCACUUAGGGUUGGAAGUUUUGCCACUGUUCCCUGGAAAUCCUGUCCUCACCUUGCCCUUCCCUGAGCAUCCGACUCUUCUAGCAAAAACUCCGUUGGAUUUAAGGCCAAGGGCCAGUGGGUGGCAUGGGGGUGGCACAGAUCUUGUGUGUUGCUUGGGCAUUUGCUGUCCAGAAGAUAAGCUGGAGGGUCUCUUCCUGGGGUCCUCAUUCCUCCUUUCUGCAUAAGGUCCAUGCUUGGUCCUUACUCUUCCUGGGACCAAAAGCACCCAAAGCAUCAACAGGUCCCAGACUAGGGCCUACAGUGAGGGUUGUGCCUGGAACCAUAGUUGUUUCUGACCUGGAAUGAGGUCAGGGCAUCAUCUAGAGUUAAGUGGACCCAAGCAAUACAGGGUGUUAAGGCCUGGGCUUAUAUGGAGUAUGUUGUCUGGGGUGCCAAAGGUGGAAUAAGAAAGAAAUAAUGACUGCCAACUCUGGGCCUCAGAACUCUCAGGUAUGGAAACACAGGACUUCUACCCACUGUCCAGGAGGUACCUAAGAGCUGCCUGGCAUAAAGCGAAGAGGACACUGGGCUAGUUAAAGCCCUGGUAGCCAAGAACAACUUGCCCCUGUUCUUACUUAGCUUCCUUUGAGUCAGUCAGUGUGCAGAGAUCUUCUUUCUGGCCACACCUCUGUGAACCCCCUAUAUUUUCUGGGGCCAGAAAGAAUGAAUGCCCAUGAGCCUGUCUUGUCUACUUUUGUGUUUGUGCUGUGUGUGAAUACAACUUCUGCCUGGUGGCUUGCUGACAGAUGGCAGAUCAGAAGA